AUGAAACCAUUCUGCCCGGUCUUCUUCCUCCUUCUCUUCCUCCUCACCCGGCUGGGCUCCAAGGCCGCCCCCUCGGCCUUACUGCCUGCGGGCUCUCACUUCCCGGGAUGUGGCCCCUCUGCGACCUCCCCUGGAGCCUCUGAAAAUUCCACUCCCGAAGAGGCUAACUCAGAGUCCUCUGGGACUUUUGAUUCGGAGCCCUCCAAGACACCGCAUGCAGUUUCCCCUGAGACCUCCCCCUCUGACUUCACUGAGACCUCCAGUCCUGCCCUCCCGGAAACCUCACAUCCAGAGUCCCAUGAAGCCCCCAAGCCUAGCACAUUCAAACUUUCAAUCUCAGAGUCCCCGGAGACCACAAAACCUAACCUUCCCAAAACAACACACCCAGAACUUUCCGAGACCCCCAAACCUGACCCCGCCGAAACGUCACACCUAGGAUCCCUGGAGACCCCAAAACUUAAUCCCUCCAAAUCUUCACACCCAGAAUUUCCUGAGACCCCAAACACUGGCCCUACUGAAACGCCACACCAAGAACCCUCUGAGAUUCCCAAACUGAACUCCACUGAAAUCUUACACCCAGACCCUGACCCUACCAAGACCCUUGACCACAAAACUCCAGAGACCCAUGACCCUGACACCACUCAGACCUCCAACUCUGAAUUCUCCCAGACUACCCACCUAGACCCUACUGAAACACCCUACCCAGAAUCCCAUGCGACCCACAACCCCAGCCCCACUGAAAUUCCCCAAACAGAAUUCUCUAUAACCCACUACCAAGGUGCAACAGAGAGCCCCAUGACCUCUGCCCCUGAACUCUCCACUAAUCUUCAUGCAAACAUGUCUGCACCCUCCAAGGAUAAAGCGACCGCCCUAAACGAGGUGCCUCUGAAUCCCACACGAGAAACCCUUGCAGCCACCCAGCCCGACUGCCCUAAAUCACCCGCCUCAGAUUCUCCAGGGACCCUUGAACUGAAGGCCCCUCAUAACCCUGGCCCUAAAGGGCACGACGCCCCUCCUCCCUCAGCCCGGAUUGCGGGGCCCCCUACUCCUCCAGGGCCCCCCAGUAAGCCAGUACCCGCCACUCAGCGGGCCCCCCAGCAGCGCAGCCGAGGAGAGAGAGUCAACACUAUCAUCGUGGUGGAACGAGUAAAGGAGACCGGCGUGACUCUGGUGGGGCGCCCACCGGGCGCGGCGGGCGGGGCCCUGUGCCUAUUCCUCGCCGGGACCGGACUCCUGAUCUGCAUCUUCCUGCUCCUGUGGUGUCUCUACCGCCGGGCUGCUCGGCACCGACCGUUCGCGCACCACCGACUCCGGGACGACGACGAGCCGGUUAUGCACCUGGACGCCCAGCAGGACCCCUACAACCUCUACUUCUAUGCGCCGAACACCUGGGUCUCUUCGCACAUCGCCACCAAGCAACCGUCGCCCACUCCCCCGCUGCCACCCAAGCUGCCCCCGCCGCCCAGCGGGGGCCCCCCCCAGCGCCUGGAGACGCUCAGCCCUGCCACGCUCCCCAACAACUUCGUGUGA